AGCAAACUCGAAAGCAAUCAUUAGAUUGGCAAAUGUAAAUUCUUCUCGAUUGUCCGGUGGUCUGUCACGCAAUUUUUGAAACUAUUCGUCAUGUAAUCAAGUACGCUGCUGGCAAUGUCACUAGCCUCGAAAUCCUCCCAUUGAUGUUGUUGAAAAUACUCAAGAAAGAACAAGCCAAUGCAGAUCACACGGUCGUACUGCUCUUCUUUGUUAUAACACAUGCUAACAUAUUGGCAGAGGUGUGAAAGACUAAACAGAUUGGCUCCGGGACUGAUGCUGUGCAUAAUUCGCUGGCUAACCAAAACGCUCUGAGUAAAGAGCUGAAGGUCUGAUGCGUUGAUUUGCUCCAGUUGUUCUUGUGUGGUAAAUUCAAAUGUAAAGCCCAUAGCUUUACGAGCAUUGUCAGACGAAAACGGGACCUCAGGUUUGGGUAUGACCUGCCAUCCGUCAGUGGUCGCAUUACGAAGAUUAAUGGCUUUUUCCCAGCAGACCAGCCCGAGCUCUCGUGUUCCGUGUAUGUUGCAAAAGCACAGAUUGUAUCUCAGCCGCAAUCAGUUGGAUGAUUAUAUGUGUCUGCCCGCAAAGAAUAGCUGCGAAUAAUGGUGGAACUUGCGGAUAUUCAACACCGUUCCACAUAAAUCGCCCAUGCUGACUAACAGGUUAUUGAUUGCGUAUCCCAUCUAUUACGUACUGCGGGAGAGGAGUCAGCAGUUUGCGGAACUUGACGCCAGACUUUUAGCCAAACUUUACGCAUAGCGCUCAGUGUAUCUUGCCAAACUCGUUGCAAUAUGUAUCGCCAAACAUAACCAACCGGUGCUCGGGAAUCCAUUUUUGAAAAAGGUAAAGAGUGAUGAUUUCGAAAGAUUUAUUGAGGGGACAUUUCAUCCGCUUAUAGCCAUUCUUCCAUGGCACCGGCCCUCUGGCAAAUUGGCAUUACCUCAGAAUUCCGAGUGUAGAAUCAAAGUAUCUGACUAAACCAACCUAUGCGUUGUUGUUAUGGUUGUAUAGAAAUGAAUCGCUUAUUGUUCAGUAUUUUUACGCAGUAAUUGUGCUAGAUUUAUAUACAUAGAUUUAUAUAUUGCGUUCAGGCCCCUGAACGAGAUGGAGUUGCUGUUAUCAAUAGUUGUCACUUGUUUGAUUUCAUAUCUAUGCGUUGUCACAGCUUCUUUUCUUUUUCAUAUGGCAUAUAAAAUGAACUGCCUUUCUUUAGAUUUAUUGCUACGUACUUACGUCUAGUAAGCUUUUGCUUUUUCAUGAGUUCGUGAAUUCGUGACACAUCAUUUUUACACGCGGAAUAUGCAAAGUCAUUCUUUUACCGGCAACACUGUUAGACAGACAAACAUUUUUUUUUCAUUGUUUUGAUUUUUGUACAUGAGAUUUCUAAGCGACCGUAAGUGACAAUUGUCGAAUGCGCGAAGGUGCAUAUAUGGCCAAUCGCGAGUAGUUAAAGAAAAGUUUUUACUUCACAGCAUUUUGGUUAUCUCAGAAAUAAUUUAAACUACAAGAAAUGGAUCCAAACCUGGAUUACCAAGAGAAUUUCAAUCACCACACAGCUGUGGCAAAAGCUCUUUCACAUGAUGUGCAAUCAGAGGUUUUCUAUGGUACUAUUAGGGCCCUUCUUACAACAAUACAAAUAUCCAGAAGGCGAAACUACAAGCUGACGGAGCCCCCUGAUCUCUUGCCUAUAACUGAAGCUCUGAUUAGUAAUACAAAGCCAACUAUAGACCUUGCCAUAGUGGCUGGGAAGAUAAACUGGCUGACAAAAGUAUUCAUCCAAAACAAUCCUGUGACAGUCGAGCAUUUGACAAUUCAGUCUUCACAGAUCAUUGAAACUAUUCCCAAGAUCUGCUUCUUAUUUGGAAUUAUUGAUUGUCUACCUUGUGACAGAUAUGAUGGGAUGGUACUCUCAUCAUAUUCGCCACUAAACUUUAUUUCUGUGCUCAGGAAUCGGGUAAUUUGGCCGUUCAAGUUGCCAUCUUGUUGCUAAACGAUGAAGGACUGACCAAAGAAGACCGAGUGCGUCAGGUUGAAGAAUGUGCCCAAAUAGUAUACCAAAUUCUUCUACGUUGCCGACAUAAAGGUGCCAUCGAGGCAGCCGGUGAUGCUAUGGGCUUACUCUGCCGAAGAUUGUUUGCUAGCCGAGAGGAAACGAUCAAAGCUAUUCCCGGCAAUAUAUUGACGAACUUUCUUGAUCGACUCGAAAAUUCAAAAUUGGGUGGAAGUUGGUCUUGAUAUUCGUUUUUCCUUGCAUACUAAUUUAAAAAAUGGCCAAAGGAGAGGCAUCGGGGGAGAUUCUCAAUAACACGGGCACGAUGGAAUACCAAAAAGCUUCACGUCAACUCUCUGUCUCAUUCAGAAACAUGCAACUGAGAAAGAUCAAGCGUGCCGAAAAGAAAGGCACCGAAUCGGUGAUGGAUGAAAAGUUUUCUCUCCUCUUUCAAUCCAAGUUUUCGGUAGGCGGCGGAGAAUUGGUAUUCCAGGUCUGGACUUUAUCCUUGCCCGUGGUAGUUAUCGUGCACGGCAACCAAGAGCCUCAUGCUUGGGCGACAGUUACCUGGGACAAUGCAUUCGCCGAACCCGGCCGUACGCCGUUUGUCGUGCCGGAAAAGGUGCCCUGGUCUCAGGUUGCGGAGACGCUCUCAACUAAAUUUCGUUCGGCCACCGGUCGUGCUCUGACGGAAAGCAACCAGCGAUUCUUAGCCUCGAAGGCUUUCCGCAACCCGAACCUGCAGUUGCCUCUGGUUGGCCCCGAAGCAGGCAAUUUAAUGCUUACAUGGUCUCAGUUUUGCAAAGAGCCACUGUACGAAAGCAACUUUACCUUUUGGGAAUGGUUCUACGCCCUGAUGAAGCUCACUAGGGAGCACCUACGUGCGCCAUGGAUGGAUAACACCAUCGUUGGUUUUAUCGGCCGAAAGCAAACAGAAGACUUAUUGAAACAGUGUCUACGGGGUACGUUCAUGCUGCGCUUCUCCGAUUCUGCUGGGGGCGUCACCAUUGCGUGGGUUGGAGAUUCAAGUGAAGUUUUUAUGCUACAACCCUUCACGAGCAAGGAUUUUGCCAUCCGCACGCUGGCCGAUCGUGUUUCGGACUUGAAACACCUAAUCUAUCUGUAUCCUGACAUACCGAAAGACCAGGCGUUCGGCAAAUACUACACGCCGUUUACCGACAGCCAGACGCCCACCAACGGUUACGUCAAGCCAUUGCUCGUUACUCACGUACCUGGUUGGAGUAGUGGUGGUGGUAACCUGGAAACGGGUAGCUACCCGCCAACGCCGCAAGGGUUCUACAACCCACAGGUUCUGCCAACAACAGAGUGGCAGCUUUCUCCUCGUAGAAGUGAUUACGUACUUUCCUACGUCGGCCGUAAUGGUCGGGCAAUGUCCUACGGUACCAUUCAACCCUAUUUAGAUUCCAGGAAACAUCUAAAGUUACAAACCGGACAUACCGUUACCGUCAUCGCACUUCAUGGCCAGCGUAUUCAAAUAUCAUGCUCGGUUAUCAACCUCACUAGCAGCGGAAGUUAUUUGGAAUUCAGAGAGAAAGACGGAGACAUCGCUAAACAACCUGUCAUCAACCGAGUGUACACAUCAAAGAGCAAUACAAUGGCCGUCUAUUCUCAAAUCGUCAAAGAUGCUGAUUGGUUUAAUUGCAAGUGGAAGACCACCGAUUCCUAUCCCAUCCAUAAACUUUGUCGUGACAUCGAGGCAAAAACCAUUAAUGGAGCCAUCCAGUCCAUGGAUUUAGCAGAAGAAUCGCACAGAUUUUGCACGUUCUCGAUCGUCGUACCUCUUGAUCAACACGUUCAAAUAUCUUGCUCUGUCGUUAGCCUCGCCAGCGGAUGCGGAUUGAAAUUCCACGAGGAAAGGGGCUGGAUGAACGAGGCCGGCUUGAUUUCUACCCGGCCAAUCAUAGACAGGAAUUAUACUUCAAAAGGAAAUAAAAUGUUCAUACAAGCUGAUAGCUUCGACAACAAACGAUGUCGGUUUGACUGCACGUGGAAGACGACCACAACACCUACAUACCGACUUUGUUUUUAUAAGAGAGCAAAAUCUCUCAAUGGAACCAUCCAACCAUUAGACGAUGCAGGAAUGGAUGGGCCUAGAUUUUGUCCCUUUACCAUUACCGCAGCACGCACUGAUCAGUUGAUACGAAUUUCAUGCUCGGUCGUCAAACUCACAACUGUACUAAGUUCACUGAGAUUUUACGACGGGCGGGAUGCCGGAGCCAAUGUUAUUGCUUAUCCACCAAUCGCCAACAAAGUUUACACUUCAAAAGGUAAUACACUUGUUGUAUUUUCCUGGAAGUUUGAUGAUGACUGGUUUGAUUGCGAGUGGGCGACUGUUCAAGCAUCUAGUUAAUUCUACUAUUGUCAUGAAUUGGGAUGAUUUCAAGGUUCGGACGUCUUGGAUGGUACUAUUUAACUCAAUAAAGUGUAUUGGACUUUGA